AUGGCAGAUGCGUACGAACAACAGAACGUGCACGAGGUGUACCAGCAAAUUGCUGGGCAUUUCUCGGCGACUCGCUACAAGCCAUGGCCGAUCGUGGAGCGCUUCCUUCAGGAAUUGACUCCCGGGUCUGUUGGUCUUGAUGUGGGAUGUGGUAAUGGCAAGAACCUGAUGGUCAACAAAGACGUCUUUAUCGUGGCUUCGGAUAGAUCAGAAAAUCUGGCGCGGAUUGCAGUUCGGCAUCAGCCCCAUUCAGCCGUGGUGGCUGAUAUUCUUGAGCUUCCACACCGGGAUGCAUUUUUUGACUUUGCAAUCUCCAUCGCCGUGAUUCACCAUCUUUCCACUCCGGCUCGGCGAGUUCAGGCCGUCGCCGAGAUUCUGCGAACCCUCAGUCGUGGUUCGGAAACACAGCCGGGAGGCAAACUGCUUGUCUAUGCUUGGGCGCUCGAGCAAAAGGACAGUCGUCGUGGCUGGGAUAAAGGUGAUCCCCAGGAUAUCAUGGUGCCAUGGGUCCGCAAAGCCAAGUCGGACCAAGAACAAUCGCAGACCUUCCAUCGCUACUACCAUCUGUAUGAGGAAGGCGAGCUGGAGCGCGACAUUGCGCAGGCCGGUGGUGUUGUUCUCGAAUCAGGAUAUGAAAAGGAUAAUUGGUGGGCCAUCGCAACACCCAAACCCGCUCCAUAA